AUGCUCAUGGUUCGACUACCGAUUGCGAAGUUUCUCGCCACGACACUCUUCCUCUGGGGUGCCGUGCUUGCAUGCCACGCUGCGACAGAUAACUUUGCUGGACUGAUGGUUACUCGCUUCUUUCUAGGUCUUACUGAGGCUGCGAUUUCUCCUGGUUUCAGCCUUAUCACUGGUAUGUGGUAUACCAGGUCGGAGCAACCAUUUCGCCAUGGUUUGUGGUUCGCGGGUAACUCCAUCGCUACCGCAUUUGGGGGUCUGGUAGCAUAUGGAGUCGCUCACAUUGUUGGCUCCAUCCCCGCCUGGAAGUGGUUAUUUAUUAUAUAUGGACUGAUCACCGUCGUCUGGUCCAUUGUUUUCAUGCUAUUUAUGCCAGACUCACCAAUAACCGCACGAUUUCUCUCACAGCCCGAACGCACUGAGGCGGAAGAACGAGUGAAAGUUAACCAGACAACUAUCAAACACGACAAGAUUGAGUGGUACCAGGUAUGGGAGGCCUUGACCGACUACAAGAUCUACAUCCUGUUCUUGUUCCAGAUAGCCAACAAUAUCCCUAAUGGGGGUUUGACCAUGUUCUCAGCAAUAGUGGUGAAAGGCUUCGGGUUCUCCACGUUACAAACCUAUCUAUUAGCAAUACCAACGGGUGCUGUGCACGCUAUAUUUGCUCUCGGAAGUCUCAUCGGAAGCAUUAUAGUCUACGCCGGUGACAGCACAGGAGUCCGCCUAUUCGGUCUCUACCUUUUUGUUGCCUAUGCGGCGGGUAUUCCGAUGACCCUCUCCAUGGUCUCGUCGAAUGUUGCUGGUUUUACCAAAAAGGCGACCGUCAGUGCGAUGAUGUUCAUCGCCUACUGCACAGGAAAUAUCAUCGGCCCAUUCUUGUUUUUCGCUCGUGAAGCUCCAGUCUACAAGAGCGGUUUCAUCGCAAUGAUGGUGUGUCUAGCGGUCGCGACUGUUCUGAUCGUAGCACUAGGGCUAUCUUGGCGAUUGGAAAACUCACGGAGAGAUCAGAAAUACGGACCAGCGGCUCUUGUACUUCCGAAUAGACCUAAAGAACCCACUCAAGGGAUGUUUGUGGUGGUCGAGGAUCUAACUGAUGUCCAGAAUAAGGCAUUUAGAUAUGUCUACUAA